CAAUGCCAUGUUUUCCCGCGCGAGAGCACGGAGGGUUUCCGAAGGAAGCCAGAGGAAGGGAGAGAGAGAGAGAGGGUUUUGCAAUUUGCAUUUGAGCUCGAGCCCCUCGUUCCAGUCGAUCAGAGGAGGCGUUCUUCGAUUCCGAAUUCGUCGAAAAGAGUGAAGUAAUGGUGAUAGAUCUUAAGAGCGAGGGAAACAUAGUUUGAAACUGUGACCUUAGCUGCGCUGAAGAUGGAGGAAGCAAAACCCCUCAUUUCGACGAAUAAUUCACAUUACAGCGAUGACGAUGGCAUGGAAGCUCGGUUUACGGAGCUCUGCAAGAGCGGAUUAUCCCUCGGCGAAAGAGUAUUUUCUGAAGCUAUGAAGUUGCUCAGAGAAAGCAAACACCUUCUGUUGGCAAAUAUGUCCGCUGUUGGAAGCGGAUCGCCCGAAGAAAUCGAACGGUUCUGGUUUGCAUUUAUUUUGUACUCUGUGAAGAGACUAAGCGAGGAGAAUACUGAGACGAUGGGAGGGGAAUGUUCUCAGAAUGGUUUUAAUUUGUGCCAAAUACUGAGGGUGGCAAAGCUGAAUGUUGUGGAUUUCUUCAAAGAAAUGCCACAGUUCUUUAUCAAAGUCGGUCCAAUUCUAAGAAACCUCUAUGGCAUAGAUUGGGAGAAGAGGCUAGAGGCUAAAGAGCUACAGACCAAUUUUGUGCACUUGAGCCUUCUAAGCAAGCACUACAAAAAUGCAUACCAGGAGUUCUUCUUGACAAGUGACGCAAAUGUUGAUAAAGGGCCAGUUGUUCGCCCUACAGGUUAUGUAUCAGAUUACCAUCAGUUUGGAUGGUUGCUGUUCUUAGCACUCCGUGUCCAUGCAUUUAGCCGGUUCAAAGACCUGGUGACCUGCACUAAUGGUUUGGUUUCAAUAUUGGCCAUCUUGAUCCUACAUGUUCCUGUCCACCUCAGGAAGUUCUCUAUCCGUGAUUCCCCUCGAUUUGUUAGAAAAGGAAACAAAGGUGUGGACCUUCUUACAUCCCUUUGCAGCAUUUAUCAUACAUCAGAAGAUGAGUUGAAAAGAACAAUGGAGAAAGCCAAUAACUUAAUAGUGGAUAUCUUGAAGAAGAGACCCUGUUUGGCAUCAGAAUGCAAAACUGUAAACCUGGAUUAUAUUGACACAGAAGGGUUGACCUAUUUUGAAGAUUUAAUGGAAGAUUCAUCUUUGUCAGCAAGUUUAACCAUUCUAGAGAAAGAUUAUGAUGAAGCUAUUCAUAACAAAGGAGAACUAGAUGAGAGAAUGUUUGUUAAUGAUGAAGACAGCUUACUUGGUACAGGAAGCUUGUCAGGAGGUGGAAUGAGUAUUUGUGGAGCAAAGAGGAAGAUUGAUGCAAUAUCCUCCCCAGUGAAGACAAUAACAAGUCCACUAUCUCCCCCAUGCUCACCUUUUGCUUCACCUGCAAAAAGUAGUAUAGUUGGUGCUAACUUGAAGAUCACACUUACACCAGUAAGCAUGGCAAUGACAACAGCAAAAUGGCUCCGGACCAUAAUCAGUCCACUUCCUUCAAAACCUUCAGCAGAACUGGAACGCUUUCUUUCAUCAUGCGACAGAGAUGUAACUGCAGAUGUAAUACGUAGGGCCCGUAUCAUAUUGGAGGCUAUUUUCCCAAGUAGUGCUCUUGGGGAGCGGUCAGUCACUGGGAGCCUGCCAAGUGCAAACCUUAUGGACAGAAUAUGGGCAGAGCAGAGAAGAAUGGAAGCUCUGAAAUUAUAUUAUAGGGUCCUGGAAGCAAUGUGUAGAGCAGAAGCUCAAAUAUUGCAUGGUGGUAACUUAACCUCUUUGCUAACAAAUGAGAGGUUUCACAGAUGUAUGCUAGCUUGUUCGGCAGAAUUGGUUUUAGCAACACACAAGACAGUUACUAUGCUGUUCCCUGCGGUUUUGGAGAGAACUGGCAUCACUGCUUUUGAUUUGAGCAAGGUGAUAGAGAGUUUCAUUAGGCAUGAGGAAUCCCUUCCAAGGGAACUGAGGAGGCAUUUAAAUUCUUUGGAAGAAAGGCUUUUAGAGAGCAUGGUAUGGGAAAAGGGGUCUUCCAUGUAUAAUUCUUUGAUUGUUGCAAGACCAACACUUUCUGCAGAAAUAAACCGAAUGGGAUUAUUAGCAGAACCUAUGCCAUCACUUGAUGCUAUCGCAGUGCAGAACAAUGUUUCAUGUGGAGGCUUGCCUCCCCUUCCAUCUUUUCAGAAGCAUGAAACUUCACUAGGUCAAAAUGGAGAUAUUCGCUCUCCAAAGAGAUCGUGUGGUGAGCGCCGGAAUGUUUUGGUAGAAUGCAAUUCCUUCACUUCCCCUGUGAAGGAUCGCCUCUUGGCCUUGAAUAGCCUUAAGCCAAAGCUGCCACCACCUUUACAGUCUGCUUUUGCCAGCCCAACACGGCCAAACCCAGGAGGAGGAGGGGAAACAUGUGCUGAGACAGGAAUCAAUGUGUUUUUCAGCAAGAUUGUGAAGUUAGCUGCUGUCAGAAUCAGUGGCUUGGUUGAAAGGUUACAACUGUCUCAGCAGAUAAGGGAAAGUGUUUAUUGUCUUGUUCAACAGAUCCUUAGUCAGCGGACAACUCUUUUCUUUAACCGGCAUAUUGACCAAAUUAUCCUCUGUAGUUUAUAUGGAGUAGCAAAGAUUUCUCAAUUAAACCUGACCUUUAGGGAAAUCAUUUCCAACUACAGGAAGCAACCACAGUGUAAACCUCAAGUUUUCCGCAGUGUCUUUGUUGAUUGGUCAUCUGCAAAGCGCAAUGGGAAAACAGGGCAGGAGCACGUUGAUAUUAUCACAUUUUACAAUGAAAUUUUUAUUCCGGCUGUAAAACCUCUUCUGGUGGAGCUUGGUCCUGCUGGAGCAUUACCAAGAAGUAAUCGAGUUCCUGAAACCAACAACACUGAUGGACAAUGCCCUGGAUCACCUAGGUUGACUCCAUUUCCAAGUCUCCCUGACAUGUCUCCAAAGAAAGUAUCUGCAGCACAUAAUGUCUAUGUGUCUCCUCUGCGCUCUUCAAAGAUGGAUGCUUUGAUAUCAAACAGCUCUAAAAGCUAUUACGCCUGUGUUGGAGAGAGCACUCAUGCUUACCAGAGCCCUUCUAAGGACUUGACUGUCAUUAACGACCGCUUGAAUGGAACACGGAAGGUCAGGGGGGCACUCAACUUUGAUGUUGACAAUGUUGGUUUGGUAAGUGAUUCUUUUGUAAUGGGCAGCCUUUAUAUUCAGAAUGGCAGUUCUGCCUCAUCUCCAGGUGCUGCUGCUUUAAAUCCACCAUUGAAAUCAGAGCAACCUGAAACGUAACCCGCUUUAGGUCGACCCUCAUUCCAUGUAAAUUCUGUUCUCUUGUUUUUCAUUGCUAAUCUAUACCAAAUCUUAUGACACGGGGUGCUUGUAUGAGCAGCAAGUUACUGUAAAAACACUGCCACCACCCCAAGUGCUAUGUAUGUUAGAUAUUUAACUUUCUUCAGCGAGGAGGUCCGGUUCUCACUGGACUUAUUUAAUAAUAAUAUUCUUCUGUUGCUUGCUAUUA